AUGUCGCAAACCGCAACAUCGAUCGAACUUGUGAGCUAUCCUGAGACAUCGAUCCCAGCCCUCACAGCCAAACCAUUGGGCAAUGGAGGAAGCAAGGAUACGCCGUCGAUGGCUGAGGAUUUACGUCCCAUCAACGGAGUCCCGGAAUCAUUCGCUGCUGAACAGCGAGAUGGUCCUGGCAAGGGAACGACGGCCAUCGUCUUAGUGACAGUUGUUUGUGUCACCAUGGUCAGCUCCAUGCUGUCGGGUGUCAUGACUGUCACCCUGCCUACGGUCGCACGCGAACUAGAGCUGGCACCUAGUGUACUCUUAUGGCCAAUCUCCAUCUACGCUUUGACCUGCGGCUGCACUCUUCUUCUCCUUGGUUCCGUCGCCGAUGUCGUUGGCUCCCGACCUAUGUACCUGGUAGGAUGUCUUCUGCAAUCCGCCUUUACACUGGCAUGUGGAUUGGCGCAGACUGGAACACAGCUCAUUGUGUUCCGUGCCUUCGCCGGCGUAGCAAUCUCCUUCUGCCUCCCCUCAGCUGUUAGUAUCAUCACGAGUACGUUUCCAGAAGGCAAAAGCAGGAACAUUGCAUUCGCAUCCAUGGGCGGUGGCCAACCCAUAGGCUUCUCAUUUGGACUCGUGCUCGGGGGUGUCUUCGCCGAUACCAUCGGAUGGCGAUGGGGUUUCCACAUUAGUGCGAUCGCCAAUACCAUUGUCUUCGUACUAGGGCUGUUCGGUCUCCCAAAGGUCGACAACAAGCAGCCCCAUGUCUGGUCCCGCUUGAAGAGCGACAUUGACUGGGUCGGCAUCCUCUUUGGAAGCGCAUCAUUGGCGCUCCUCUCAUACUGUUUCGCGUGA